UCUGCACUUGUUUCUGCAAAUUUGGUAGGAUCAGCUUUAGUCGGCGCGGCACGCCUCUCACUGUCGUCAUCGUUGUUUGACAUGCUGUUGGUUGCCGCCAACCGAGGCAGCUAAUCUAAGCGCUCUACAACCAACAACAGCAGCAGAUGGUUUUUCUAUAUUUUGUUCACAGAUGAAAACUGUGGUGAUCAUGCUUGCCCUCUGCCGAUGAGUAGGUAUGUGGAGGACCUACACCGCGCUAACAAGCUGCUAAAUCGCGGCUUGUCAUGCCCGCUGAUGAUGACGAGGACGGCGUGCUCCCAUUGUUCGGUUCCCCCUGGUCGUCGUCUUAGUUCAAAAAAGAUUUCCGCGAUCGCGGCUGGACUCGCUGAUAUGUAGUCGUCGGUCAUAUUCGCGGAAUAUUAAACCUACAUUUGUGUUUCUUCACACGCCUCUCGAAGAAACGGUCGGCAGCAGAUGACUCAGUCUUUGGUGAGAUUUCGCCCGGCGCGGUAGAACACUUUGAAUCCUCCUCUCUCGGCUAACAAAUGUGACGGUGCGCGCGGUUUCGGGGUGCGAUUAGAGAUUUCCCCAUAAGUGCAAGUGAUUGCGGUGCGUCCAUUAUCUGGAGCCAUAUAGUGCUGGUUGUGAUCUUUGGUAUACAUAUUUCAAUUACACCGAUGAAGGUGCCUUUCUCCGAUUAACCCACGAGAGUGAUUGAUUCGUCUAGACGAUUUGAUUGGCAGGUUGGAAAUUGUUUCGAGGACACACCCUAAGAGCAAACCCCAAGUCUGUGACGAAGACGACGACGACUUCAGAUAUCUGUUCCAACACGCGUUCGAUCGUGGCUCGUCGCGCAGAAGAAAUUCCAACUGUCGUGUGAAAAGUGUUGCAUGUCCGCUGCAGUUAGCAAUCCGGAGAGGAAAAAAUCGUAAAAUAGAUUACACUGAAAUGAUGAAAAUGAAACUAGUUGUGCUGUCGCCGCGGCUACGGCCUGGGGCCUUCCUAGUGCCCUCGUCGUCGCUGGUCCUAAUGCUGCUGCUGUCGCUGUUAAUGGAUUCGUCGAUAGCCGGUGCCGACGCCGAUGGGGCGGUUUUCCAAAGUGAAAGCUGCUCGGACUCGGAAGCGCUCGUCUUCUACCGGAUCAAGCUCGAGACCAACUGGAGCAAGAAGCUGUUUCCGAAGCACUAUCCGGAGUUUCGGCCCCCGCCCCAGUGGAGCAUCACCUACGGGCAGUCCCACAACAACUCGUUCCAUUUGUUCCGACUGAAGGAUUAUGCGUCACCGGCGGUACAAGCCUUCGCUGAGUCAGCCCAUGCGCGCACUAUGCAGGAGGAGCUGGCCCGUCAAAAUGCCAUUAUCUACGAUGAGUUUCAUCUGGCUAAGAUCCCGAAAGGCUCGGGAUCAACGCAGGGCACGUUCUUCGUCGACGGGCGUCACCACAAGGUCUCUUUCAUAACCAAGAUCAUACCUUCGCCGGACUGGUUCGUUGGGCUGGACUCGUAUAACCUUUGCUCCGAUGGGCAAUGGAUUGAUGACAUUACAGUAGAUUUGCACCCCAUCGACGCAGGCACGAGCAAUGGGCUGACCUUUACUUCGCCUAAAUGGCCAACGAAUCCUCCGAGCGUGAUUGAGAAGAUCACCGCUCGGUACCCGAAUCACUUUGCCAGCAGCUUUUUCUAUCCGGAAAUCAAGCACCUCCCCGUAAUUGCUAAAGUGACAUUCACAAAGCUGAACGCGUACCACGGAACCAACAACGUCCAGAAGAAGAUGAAAAAACUCAAGAACAAACAGCGCAAACGGUUGCUCAAGAAGUUGGCCCUCUUCAAUCGGAAGCAGGAAAACGAAACCAUCAAGCAGAUAAACGACUGCGAGGUGAGCAAGUGGUCCGAGUGGAGCGCCUGCAGCCAGUCGUGUGGGCUGGGCAAACGCACCCGCACCCGGGUCGUGGUCAAGCACUCGCGGGAUCAAGGUCAAGAUUGUCCCCGGCUGAUGGAGACGCAGUGGUGCGGUUCGGCGCGGGAGUGCACCGACGGGGAUAGCUAUUUUCGGUGGUAGGUAGGUAGGCAGUAGGUGGACUCGGGAGGGAACUUCAGUGUUGAGAUGAUUAAAUUGUUGAACGGAA